AUGACGGCUGCCAAGCAGGUCACCGGGGAGCAGCAGGUCCGAAGCUUUGCGGCGAUUCCAGCCGGAUGGAACGUGUUUCUCCCCAACUUCGGGCUGCCAAAGCUAUCACGCAGGGCGCCCUUGGACAGGGAGGCAUCCAAUGUGCAGCCUUCCUUCUACGGACGUGUCGUGAUGGAGCCUGGUUCCACAAACGAGACGAGGAGCCUUGCUUGUGGUGAGUUGGCAGCAACUCCGCAGGUUGAGAGUUUGGCCCUCUUGGUUGAGCGGGGCCUGUGCACCUUUCGGCAAAAGGUUCCCGACAUGACGGCCGGGAGUGAGGUGGAUGACCGAGCAGUCGAAAUCCCGGCAUGGUCCAUUGAUCUUUCUGAUGGACAGGCGCUGCGGAACUGGAUCUUAGGAGAUGCCAGGCUUGUGAUUCAGGUCAGCGACUCACCAAGACGGCCAAACAUAGGUCCAUUCCAAGAAGAUGUAUUCGGUUUGCGGCAGGUGUUCUCCAAAUGA